CUUUGGCCAAGAGAGGAUGUCUUGACGCGCGUCCGCUCACCAACACACUUGCGAAGAGAGUCCAGAGAGUUUCCAGAUCAGUCUUAGUCAGUCCAGAGCCAAAGGACUCGGCAGGUUAGGAGCACCCAUAUCCAUUUGACCAGAGGAGAAGCCCAUGAACGCUUCGCUGGAUUUGCGAUUUGCAACUGGCGAUCUGCAACUGCCACAUUCGAUACGCUGCCAAUCCUGGUGACGCAGCGACGCGAUCAGCUCCCGAUUUCAUGGCACUAAUGAUGUCGCGUCGCCCACAACAACAGCAGCAACUACAACAACAUCAGCAACAGCAACUGCAGCAUCCACUAGCGUCAUCGAAUCCGUUCCACAAGGAGACGCGCGUUUCACCUGAGCGUGUGUGCGGUUGCGCGUGUGUGUGUGCCUGUGUCUAAUUUGCGUAUCCGCGCCACUAAAUCAUAACAACAAAAUAAUAUAGAAAAUCAAAUCAAGAAAUAUACCCGCCACAGUAAUCGAAUUUGAAAUCGAGCAACCCCUUAUCGCGGUCACAAAUUGCAAUCAAACAAAUCACAGCGAACCAUCCAAAUUGCAAUUAAUGCCAAAGCGUCAGCAUCUGGCUGCAUAAAAGAAAUACGUGAACUGUAGAGUCAGUGAUUAGAACUUUGAAUCGCCAUCGAGAUGGACUUCCAGAGCGCCAUGGAGACCUUCGCGGAGGCCUGGGUGGCAGCCAAUGCCGGUCAGCAGAGUCAGGCCUUGGCCUUAACCAGAGCUGCCAACGCGGCCGCCGUUGUGGCCGCGGCCAAUGCCAAAUCGCCGAACGCCUCCUCCGCUUCAGCCAGCCUGGCCGACUUGGCCGUCAAGAAGGAGCACUCACUGUCGCCGCCCCACAAUGUGAUGGCUGUGGGCGUGGCCGGCGAGGAUCAGCACCGCAGAGCCUCCUUGCAGGGCGUCCAGGAGAAGCUCACCCAGUUGCAGAUGCAGCAGCAGCAUCACCAACAGCAGCAGCAACAGCAGCAGCAACACCAUCAUCAGCAACAUCAGCAGCAGCAACAUCAGCAGCAGCAGGCGGCAGGAGUGGGUGGCGAGGUGGUUGGGCGCAGGUCCUCCGAGGGCACACCACCCACCGCCCACCCCCCGCCGAAUUCGGAUGGCCAGGCGCUCUCCUCCUCCACAGCCUCAUCUAGUCAGAAUGCCACCCCCAAGAGCGAUCGGGAGAGGGAGCGAGAGAGGGAGCGGGAGCGAGAACGGGAGGAGCGGGUGGAGCGGGGCAGCAUUUCCUGCCUCCCACCAGCCGCCCUUGGAAUGGCCGUGGGCGUCCAGCAGGCCCAGCAGCAGGCCGAGAAGCUCCUCAGCCAUCCGGCCUUGGACUCGCGACGGGAGUUCGACGUCAGCAAAGUGAAUCCCAAAUCACUUCCACUUCACUGUGUGGUGGAGUCGGUGCACUCGCUGCACGCCUCCCUCACCAUCGACACUCGCCAGCCCUGGAAGCGGAGGCCCAACAUCGAGACGGACAGCUACGUGAUCAUCGCCGCGGCCACGCCCUGGAGCGAGAUCGUCCAGACGGCCCUGCAGAGGCUGGGCUACUCGCAGGAGGUGGCCAACACAGCCAGAGGCUCUUUGAUAAUCAAACACUGGAAGCCCAUUCCCUUGGAGCAGAUAUCGGACAACCCAGCGGUGCCAGUCAGCGACAUCGUGGGCGAACUGACCUCGGUGAUCACCCUGAGGAUCGUGAUCCUGCGGCCCAAGACGUCGCCGUUCGGAGAGAUCAAGGACAAGCUGCUCAAGUUACUAGUGCUGCAGUCGCAUGCGGUACUCCGCUCCACAGGAUGCCCACUGGAUGAGGUGACGCUGUCCCAGAUCUGCCGUAGCUCCCACCAGAACACCUACGCCCUGCCCGGAGGUGAUAUCUCCGACGAGCUGCGUCGCAAGUUCGACCAGUGGUGGUCCAACCAGCUGUCGCCCCAGGCGGCGGCCAUGGCGCCCAAGAUGCUGCCGUUCAUGACGGGUCCGUCGGCGGUCCCAGUUCCAGUGGCGGUGCCCGGCGAGAUGGACUUCCCAGUGGGAACGGCCAUGGCGGCGGCGGCCGCUGCAGCGGCUCAUGCGGCCGCUGCCGGGGCGGGGGGCGGCAAUCCGCUGGGAUCGAUGGGCAGCCGGGAGAGCCUGCUGCUGGCCAACGAGGCGGCCCACCAUGCGGGAGCGGGCCAGGCUCCGGGACCGGGUCACCACGGCAGCAUGCUGGUGCACCCCAUGCACGCCUCCAUGCACCAUCAUCACCACCAUGGCGGCGCCGGCGGCCAUGGACCACCAUAUCCCAACCAGAAGACUCGCAUGCGCACCAGCUUCGAUCCCGAGAUGGAGCUGCCCAAGCUGCAGAAGUGGUUCGCCGACAAUCCGCAUCCCUCGCGCCAGCAGAUCCAGACGUAUGUGGUGCAGCUGAACGCGCUGGAAUCGCGGCGGGGCAGGAAGCCGCUGGACGUGAACAACGUGGUCUACUGGUUCAAGAACGCACGGGCGGCACAGAAGCGGGCGGAGAUGCGCGGCGGGAGCCUGGGCAGCGCGAUGAGCGCCUUGGGGCACGCGGCCAUGAAUGGCUACCUGAGCCAGCAUGCCCCUUUGGGGCAGAACUCCAGCAGCAGCGCUGGGAGCCAGCCCAUGAGCAUGGGCAACCUGUCCAUGUCGCACGACUAUCUGAAGAGCCCGCUCAGCCUGAAGUCGGAGGACAUCGACACCAUGUCGCAGCACUCGGACGACAUGGACGAGGAGCAGAGCAGGCCGAACACGCCGCAGCUGCCGCUCUCGCUGACCACCCACGAGCGGCACCGCAGCUCGCCGCUGAUGGAUGAGGACGAGGAGGAGGCGGGGGAGCAGCAGCAGCGGGGGCAGGAGGCCAAGAGCGACGGCAUAAAUGGCAGCCUGAACGAGGAGGAGCGCCACGACAAGUCGCGGGAUGAGCUGCAGGACAACGAGAAGGAGAACUCCGGGGCGGAGGACCGCCACCAGGACACCGAUCCCCAGAUGGAGGGCGGCUCCAACCUCAACAACAAUAACCACAACAACAGCAGCUCGCACAACGACCCCGAGGUGAGCUCCACGCCCAAGCGCUCCACGCCCAAGGAGGAGGACGACGACCUGGACAUGGACGAGGACGAGGAGGACAACGAGAACGACGCCAGCCACCUGGACGAGUUCAGGUCACCAUCGCCGGACUUGGCCGGCGGCGUGGUGCCGCACAAGGACCAGCUGCCCUUCCCCAUGGUCCCCAACUCGAUGUUCUCGCAGUCUUUCAUGUACAUGAGUCACUACAUCCCGGCCUUUGGCCAAGCGGCCGCCGGACAUCCGCACCAUCAUGCCGCCGCCGCUGCGGCUGCAGCCGGAAUCCAGCCGAACGCCUUGAUGGGCGGCGGCGGCCUGAACCUGUCGAGCAUCUCGAACGAGGAGCGCCGCAAGCGGAACCGCACCUUCAUCGACCCGGUGACCGAGGUGCCCAAGCUGGAGCAGUGGUUCGCCAUGAACACGCAUCCCUCGCACAACCUCAUCCUCAAGUACACCGAGGACCUGAACACCAUGCCAUACAGGCAAAAGUUCCCGCGCCUGGAGAGCAAGAAUGUGCAGUUCUGGUUCAAGAAUCGUAGGGCCAAGUGCAAGCGGCUCAAGAUGUCGCUGUACGACAGCAACCAGUGCGCCCAGCUGGGAGGACUCGGCUCCUUUGUGCCCAAGUACGAGGAGCGGGACUAGACUGGACCAGGAUGAAAGGCACCCUACCGGAGUUUGAAAUCAAAAUUAGCAGCAUUUCUUCUUGUAAAUAGUCGACCGAGAGACACACACACACACACACCCCAAUUUAAGCAGCUCAAAUCUGCGGCUGCAGCUAUGACAAAUACUAUACCAUAUACGAUAGCUCAUAAAUAUGUAAUCCCCUAGUGUAGUCCACUCUAAGUAUUAUAGAACGAGAACUAACCCAGUUACGCGUUACCAGUUGCCCAGGAGCAUCUAGCGAAAAUUAGAGCAAAUAGAUAAAGCCACUUUACGAGUAAUUCGAUCUUGCAUGAACCAGUAUGACUAAUUUAUACCCUAUCCAGUAUACAACUCUCUGCAUCUAUUUCUACCUAGUUAUUAGCCAUUGAUAUAGAAAAAGGGCGGCACUAUUAAAGGCCAGCUCGUUAAGAAUAAGCAAACCAAAGAAAGCCAAUUUUCGAGAACCGCGAUCUGCGAUCUGCGAUCUGUAUAUAAUGUAUGUUAUCCUAGGUACGCAUUCUUUGAGCAUUGUGAAUUUUGUUUCGGCUUUAGUUGCAUUUGUAUCUGCAGAUUAAGUUACCGUUUAAGUUUGAGUUGAACCAGUACGUUUAGUUUUAGUUAUCCUGCCUUAUUUGAGAAGCCCCUGCCCGAGCCUAGCACAUAUCCCUUUCGAUCCAUGCACACGGAUAUCGCAUAUAGAAUGUAUAACAUACGAUUCGUUGCUUUCGAAGUCUUGGUAUCUAAUACCAACCCCCAAAAGUCCAGAGACCCAAUCAGCUUCGGUUCGGAUGAAACAUGAAACCUUUGUUGCUAUCCAUCCACUCCACUUCGAACGUUUCGAUGGAAACACGUAACUAAAUCUACACACUGAAAUAAAAAUGUUUUAUAAAUUGUUCCAUUAGUUUCGUAAGCCUUCAGAUAGAUAAUAAACUUAAUUCAAAUAAUAUUGUAAUUUAUUGCAAGCAUCAAUACGCCGACACACACAAAUAACACAGACAGACAUACAGCGAAAAACAUCCACACAUCUUUAUAUAUAAUAUAAAUAGAAAUAUAUUCCCCAGCAAUUAUUAAAUGAUUAA